GUAUAGUUUAUUUAUGCGCGACACGAGGGCUCCGUAAACCGAUCGAGAAGAGACGCGGGAGUCGGAAUCGGUUCCAAGGGUCGACGGAGAAGAUGCUGGCUGUGUUCAAUCCGACUGUGGCGAAGGUGCCGGAGGGGCUGAAGAGCCCGGAGGCAGCGGGCGGGGAGGGCGGCCGCCGAGUGGUGGAUCACUUCGCGGCGGAGCGGAAGGGAGCGGUGGUCGUCGGCCUCGGCUUGGCCGGCACUUUGGCUUACACGUCGGAGAACCAGAACCCUCUCCUUCCGAGAUUAUUCGCUGUGGCAGAUGAUGUAUUUUGCAUGUUCCAAGGGCAUCUCGAGAAUCUGACUUUGCUGAAACAACAGUAUGGUUUAGGCAAGAUUGCUAAUGAAGUAAUCAUUGUAAUUGAAGCCUAUAAAACAUUGAGAGAUAGAGGGCCAUUCCCUGCUAGCCAAGUUUUGAGAGACCUCAGUGGAAAAUUUGCUUUUGUUCUGUUUGAUAGCUCAUCAAAUUCUGCCUUCAUUGCUGGUGAUGCUCACGAGAGUGUUCCCUUCUUCUGGGGAGCCGAUGCCGAAGAUCAUCUUAUAGUAUCUGAUGACAUAGGUAUCAUCAAAAAGGGUUGCGGGAAAUCAUUCGCCCCUUUCCCUAAAGGCUGCUUCUUCACUACAUCUGGAGGAUUGAAGAGCUUUGAACAUCCUCUCCAUGAGCUGAAGCCAGUGCCAAGGGUCGACAGUGAUGGCAAUUUCUGUGGUUCUGACUACAAGGUCGACGACAAGGCGAAGAAGGAAUCAGGGAUUCCCAGAGUCGGUAGCGCUGCAGAUUGGUCGUCCCAAUUUUGAUUCUGCAAAUUCUCAUACUCCAUGCUGCCAUUGAUGCUUCCCUAUGGGUAUAUUAGACUAUGUGCAAACCUAAAGAAGUUGUAUGUAUGACCUAAAUCAUAAUAAUGAUGUUAGGAUCCUCGCAUGUAUCCCUGAACCUAUAUUUAUGUAAUAGUUUCAACUUCCAAAAUUGCUAUUUGAGUUAAUAACUUGCAAGUUUCUAUGAAA